UUCAAGGCCUUAGCCGCCCCAGCGAGCGAGACCCGGACUGACCGAUCGAACCUCGCGAGCCUCGGCGCCUCCACCUCUCUUCCACCGCCGCCGUCGUCUUCCCCACCUCCGGCCGGGUCAGCGUAACUGCACCGGGAAACGUUUCCUGUGCAGAUACUGAAGUAUGGCGUCGAGACGCAAUGUUCGUUACUCACCUCUUCCUGUAGAGGAAGGGGACGACAACAAUCUUACUAAAGAAGAUGUUGAUCUUCGGUUCACUUACACACCAAAAUCCUACAGGAGGAUCCCCUGGAAGUCAAUAGCCUUGGCAUUGUUCCUCCUCCUCCUAGGAAGUUCACUUCUCUUCCUUUCAUACUUCAUAUUCAGUGGUCACAUGGAGGGUGAUAGUUCUCAGGCAUAUGGUCUCUUGUUCCUGGGUUUCCUUGCCUUCCUUCCUGGCUUUUACGAGACUCGAGUUGCUUACUAUUCGUGGCGAGGAGCACCGGGGUACACCUUUGCAUCAAUACCAGAUUAUUAGCCUCUCAGUUCUCGCCACCGUUGGUGCAGUAAAGAUAAUGAACAGCAAGCGAACAGCCUGAAACUUCAACCGCCAACCAAUUUUUGCGAUAAAACAUUGAGCAUGUAGAUGUAGUGAUUCUGCUCAUUAUUGUGUUAAUAGGGAUUAUAUUACUUUCAUCGGCAAGUACAAGGAUAAUCCAAGGAUAAUCCGUAUGUGUUAUUGUAAACAGCAAAAGUCGAUUUUGCACUUGCUUGAUAUUUUGCUAUAUGUAGAUUGCUUUGACAGCUACCUCAGGAAUAUGUUCCACAAAUCACUGCA